ACUAGUUACUCAGGUACCAUCAAAGCAAUAUCAGCAUCAUGGGCCAACAUAAGGCCCAACUCAAAACGCAUUGUGAAACUCGGUACACGGGCGACAGCAUCGUUCAGUCACCAGAGCCCACUUUCCACAGUACCGGUCACCAACAAAGAUGCCCACAACCAGAACGCCAAGUGCAAAGCUUCAAUUUCAUAGGCCUGCCAAAAGAGCUCCGACUCAUGGUAUACGACCACAUCCCACGUGUUGCACACCGGGCGUUUCGGACAUCUCACUCCACCGUCACUUGGAAUGACUGGACAUACGAAUCCGCCAUUCUCCGCACCUGUCACGAAGUCUACGACGAGGCUUCAGCCAGCAUCAACCGACUUGUGUCGAAGCCAAGGCUAACACAGCUCCUUAUCCCCAACCCUCGAGCUCUACAUACCCUCGUUUCCCUUCUCAGCGCGGUCCGCACGCUGAAAGAGAAGGAGGUCACCUCUAGAAGCGAACUCGGUCGGGCGUUGAACUCUCCGACUGCUUAUACAGGGAGUCCUGAAGCAACCCCCUUAAGGCGCAUCGAAAGCCGACUAUACGAUGGCAGUGUCGUCGAGAUCAUACUCCGGUUUGACGCCAUCGAUCGCGUUGUUGAUCCAGAAAUGUACAUCAACAAUUACCACACUAGCAUUCUGGCGCUAGACCUUUGGGUAGCUCGACAUCCAGCUGCUCAGGUUGAAGUGACGAUUACGAGUGUCGAGGGAGGGGACGACGACUUCAUGAAUCAAGCUAGAGCUCAUUUCAACCCAGCUUCGAUUGCGCUUAAAUGGGUGACUGCCACUCAGGAAGAGAUGAAGGCUUCCUGGAGAUAAGUAGGACUUCCACUCUUUCCGGGUCUUUGGUCACCUGACAGCGCACCCCCGUCAGCAUCAGGUAGAUGGAAGAACCAGUCCUCUCAGGCUAUGGUAUGUAGAGAAACGCGAUGUAGGAAUAGCACGCGUGAAUUACAAUCAUCCACGACCCCGCGCUUAGGUGACUCAAUUCC